GACAUCCCAUGUUGACCAUGCAUAGCUUCCUCAUACGUACAACAGAGUCAUGUCAAGAGAUUAAACUGACGGAACGAGCAGUUCAUCCUUGCACGCUCAAUUAGGUGUCUAUCGAUCUGGUUUCGAUAUCUGGAGCCGUCUCUUCCACACUUGCUUUGUCUAUUUCCAUUAUGUGAGAGAAUCACGAGGACAGCCAACCUCGUUCUGUGCAGAGCGAUCAAGAUCUCCUAUCAGCACCUUGGAGAAUGUGGACCCCCUUAGCCACAUCUACACAUCGAUGUGGUCGCACAACACAGAUAUUGGUCGCUGUGAGCAUGGUAUUAACCCUUCCCCGCCUAUUCAGCCGAGUUAGGCUGCUCUUAUCCAGCAGAGCAGUCUUACGGCUCGCAUAUAAGUCGCGACGGUCACACCGAACCACUCUACAGAGCAAAACGAAGCCAUGUCGUCCUGCCUUUCCUGACUCCCCAAAACAGCGUGUCACCAACCAUGUGGCUCAUCGAGGUUGCCAGCGGCUCGCUCAGGGAGUUCAUCGAAAAGCCACCCCCAUACGCCAUCCUCUCGCACCGCUGGGGCCGCUCCGAGGACGAGGUGCAGUUCAAAGACCUGAUAGACGGCCGUCGGGCAGUCUGGUCGAUGCCUGGAUAUCACAAGAUACGGCAGACGUGCAAGCGUGCUCGAGAGCAUGGAUUGGGAUAUGUGUGGAUUGAUACGUGCUGUAUCGACAAGUCGAGUAGUGCGGAGUUAUCAGAAAGUAUUAAUUCGAUGUUUGAGUAUUACCGUGCGGCUGUGGUGUGUUUUGUAUAUUUGAAUGAUCCAGCACUCGAAUCAUUACCAAACCCUCCCAUCCGUAUAUCUUCCAGCGAAUGGUUCAGAAGGGCUUGGACAUUGCAAGAGCUCCUAGCACCGAUCCAGAUCAAGUUUUACUCCAAAGACUGGACGUUCCUUGGGCCAAGAGAUUCUCCUUUCAUCAUAACUGAGAUUCACAAAGCUACGUCGAUCCACCAACGGUACUUCUUGCAACAGAUUUCUAUUGAAUCUGCAAGUAUCGCAGAAAGAAUGUCAUGGGCAGCGAAUCGAGUAGCUACCCGCCCCGAGGAUGUGUCCUAUUCAUUGCUUGGGAUCUUUGGGAUAAACAUGCCUUUGCUGUACGGUGAGGGUCGUCUCAGAGCAUUUCAGCGUUUACAAGAAGUGAUAAUUGGUAAUCAUGAUGAUUACUCCGUCUUUGCGUGG